GAAAAUAUGUUGUGCAAAGUAUCAAAUGCAGCAUGGUAGCCAAAUUCUAUUUCAAAGUGAAAUAUACAGCUUUAAUGACAGUUCUGCAAAGACCAAUUAUUUGUGCAUUCUUUGUAUCUCCUAUACAGGCAACCUUAAUGAAGUACACACAUUACUAAUGUCCAUCCUGCCAAGAAAUGAACUGUGAAAAAAAUCAAGCAAACAUGUUCCAACUGUUCAUACAAAGGAUUUCAUAAUUCACGCACUGUGUUUCCAUGAAACUUUCCCCACAAUUUGCUGCUGCUCAGCAUGUACUUCACUUAGUCUCCUCUAAUUAAAAUUUGCAAACAGAAAAGCUUUCCAGCGCUAAGAGACCCAUGUGCUUUCCUGGAGAUUUGGAGCCACGUGUUCCAGGAAUGUCUGGGUACACCACGGCGAUACAAUAUAAAGGCAACGUCAAUCACCUUCUCUCACUUUUUAAUAGCUCCCUUCUAUGAUUCUCAUUCUCCAUUACUAGAAACUUAAGAUUAAAGGAACUUUACUAUAUUUCAAGUAGAGUUUCAUCCACUGAGAUGGAUCUCCUUCAUAGCAAUGGCAUACUUAUCAUUCAGCAUUUGCAGAGGGACUACAGGGCUUACCAGGAUUUCCUUAAUUUUAUGUCACAUGUUGGAGAUCCCCGGAAUAUAUUCUCAAUUUAUUUUCCGCUUUGGUUUCAGCUCAACCAAGUGGUUGGUACUAAAAUGAUAUGGGUGGCAGUCAUUGGUGAUUGGUUCAACCUCAUAUUUAAAUGGAUUUUAUUUGGCCAUCGCCCAUACUGGUGGGUGCAAGAAACAAUGAUUUAUCCCAAUAAGUCAAGCCCAUGCCUUGAACAGUUUCCCAUAACAUGUGAAACUGGACCAGGAAGCCCAUCUGGACAUGCUAUGGGGUCUUCCUGUGUCUGGUAUGUAAUGGUUACAGCAGCACUUAGCUACACAGUUAGAUGGAAAGAUAGAUCAGCAGCUACUCUUCACAGGCUGACAUGGUCAUUCCUCUGGAGUAUUUUUUGGAUUAUCCAAAUCAGUGUGUGCAUCUCAAGAGUAUUCAUAGCAACACAUUUCCCUCAUCAAGUUAUUCUUGGAGUAUUUGCUGGCAUCCUCGUGGCAGAAGCAUUUGAGCAUACCCCUGCUAUUCAGACAGCAAGCUUGAGAAUGUACAUCAAAACAAACUUGUUUCUUUUCAUCUUUGCCCUUGGCUUUUACCUAGUCCUCAAGAUAGUUGAUAUUGAUUUGCUAUGGUCUGUUCCAAAGGCCAAGAAGUGGUGUGCAAACCCAGACUGGAUAAACAUUGACACAACUCCUUUUGCUGGACUGGUGAGGAAUUUAGGUGCACUCUUUGGCUUAGGUCUCGGAAUUAAUUCUGAAAUGUUCAUCACCAGCUGCAAAGGUAAAAACAGCUGUAAGAUAAGUUUCCGCAUAUUGUGUAUAGCUGCUUCUUUAGCUACACUGCAGCUGUAUAAUUUCGUUAAGAUACCUACUCAUACUGAGUAUUUGUUCUACAUUCUCUCUUUUUGUAAGAGUGCAGCUAUGCCUUUGACUGUAGUUGCCUUGGUUCCGUACUGUGUCCACUCGUUAAUGAGGACAACUGAAAAGAAACUUAAUUAGAUAAAGUUUCUAAAUGGUUAGCAAUGUGGGGAUGGAUGUGAAUGGUUCAAGAACCCUCUGCAAAGACAGGUUUGCUAACUCAUUUUAACCAAGCAGGAUGCCACUGCAUCUUUAAUGUGCUCCUGGUAAGUAACCAGUACAUCUAAAGUCAGUACUUUCAAGAAUUACUUUGGCAGCUCAGAAACAUUAAUUGCUGAAUUUAUUCCUAGAAAUAUUGCAACCACACUGCAAUAUGGUUAGAAAUGGCCCAAUGCUCUGGGUCAUAACAAAGUUUUGAAGUAUAAUCAACUAAUUUUACUUAGCUAUUUGGUGGUCUUUUAGUCCUGUCCAUCUCCAGCUAGAUGGUGCUUCAAGCCUCAGUUGUACAUAGUGAUACUCAAUAUUUAAUUUUUUUAUAUGUAGACAUUGUGUGUUAGACUGCAAGAUGAUGGUGUGACAGUAUCACACCACCUACAACUGUACAGCUGUACACAGGCACUGGGAAAAAGGCCAGCAUAGUUAUAAACAAGGCUUUAGAUUUAACUUACUGAUCUUCCUGAGCAAACCAGUUUCCGAUUAAGCCAGAUGAGAAAUAAAGAAGUUUAUUUCAAUUAGACUCCGUGGAGUAUAAUUUUGCUUUACUGUGUCAGUUUUGUCAUAUUUACCUUUUGAAAAUGGUCACAUAAAUUAUGACUGAUACAGAUUACACUUUUGAUAUUAAAAAUGCAUAAAUAUGGUGUAAGAAAUCUUUGGGUUCCAUUCAUCUACACAGAGUAACAAAUGAAGAAAUUUGUGAAUAAUGAAAUUAUCUCAGCCUAUCACCUCAAGACUGUUCGUGCUCCUGUAUUACAAAGGUAAAUUACUCUAAUUCUCUCAGGUCAAGAGUCACAAGCCUGAAUCAUUAUUAGUAGUUGUGUAAAUCAUUAAAAUGUGAUUGCAGACUAAGUCAUUACAAGUUUGUGUUGUCAGCUUCGAUUACCUAAGCACACAAGUAACUAAUCUGUUAGAUACAUGUUUGCUAUAUAAAAUGGUUGCUUUAAAUAGGCAAGGGCAGAUACUUCUCCUUAUUGUUCAUUAUUUUGCACAUACUGUUCCAGAUUCCGUUGCUAUGCACAAUCAUAUUUUGCUGAUACCAUCUCAUAAUACUUAGUACACAAGCAGUGUAAGGCUAUAAUAUGGGUAAUGAGGGUUGUGUAGGUGUGGUCUGAUACCAAUAAGGCUCAUAAGAUGUAAACAUGGUGUUGCUUCUAGACUUCCAAUUAGUUGUGGGGUAAUUGAAAUGGAAAAUAAUCUUAUUUAAUGGGGAAAAUGAGAUGCGUAGUUGGAGGUCGCCUGUGGGAAUGAACGUGAUACAAAUUACAGAAGCAAAUCUGAAGCAGGCAUCCUUACUUAAGAGCCUACUAAGAUUAUUUUGACCUAAGAAAAUUAAUCAUCUUGUUAUAACGGUCUGAGGAGUAUUCUGCUUUAUGCAAUUCCUGGUAUCUUCUUUAGUGAGUCUCUGAACCUUUUUUCCCUGCAGCAGAUGGUCUGAAACUACUCUUUUCCAUAGUUGUGGCUCCUUAAGCAAAAUUAAUAUUGUGAUAGAUUUAAAAUUGUAAAUCGGGAGCCAGCCAUUCAGUUGAUACAGUGAAAUAGGCCCAGAUGUCCCUUAGUCAGGCAUUAAUGAACUUAUAAAUGAACUUUAUUGAACUUGAAAAUCACACAUCAAGCCAUCGUUAGAUAAGGUGGUGUGGAACCUUAACCAAGAGUUAUCAAUUUGUUAAACAUUUAAACUGUAACUUAUCAGGCCUUUGCAGCUGUUUAUAUCAUUAACAUGUGGAAACAGACACAGAGCAUAUUAUACCUUCAUGAUGAUGGGAUAAACUACACAACCUGCUCUGGGCCACAAAGUCCCCAUUUGCAUUAAUCUUUUCCUAUGUAACAAGGAGAAUGAAAAGUGCUUGACUGAUCCCCUUGCUCCCACUGAUGCAAUCCCAGGUGAAAGUUAGUCUUUUAUUCUGGACUUAGAGAUGCCCAAAUUGGAUAAUGCAAUUCCAAAAGUCCUUUUCCCUGUCUGCAGAAAGAUUCUCACUAGCCAGGAGUUACAUGAAGUGAAAGCAUCCUUCCCUCCUCAUUCAAAGUAGCUUACAAGUUGGCGUUACAGUCACUUCACAACACUCACUCUUGCUAACGUGCAGCUUUUCUUUUUUGUCCUCUCCAUUCCCUGCUGUGCCUUUCCUGAUGGAAAGAUUUGGCCGCAGUUAUUCAGGUGUGAUCCCAAAACAGUAUCAUAGUUAUAUUUAUCCAGUGGCAUAGGGUGGUUGGUAGAGUGGUUAACGCAGCUGCCAUGGACCACACGGAGAAACAUAUGGCAGGACACACCAAUCAACAUUGUCAGCUACUUCUGUCAAGACUAAUAACUUGGGGUUGGCUCUGAAAGACAUAAGCCAAUGCCUUGGGGUCUGCUCAGGCAUCUUGUCACCAAGCUCCAGGACUAGGAGAUCUUACUCACAGGGCACCUGCAGAGGAAGGGCCAGUCCAGCCCUGCACUGAGCAGCAAGUAGUACAUCAAGGCUGCUUGCUAAUGCCCAGACACACUGUGCGGCUCCACUUGCAUCGUAAUACCUUUGCACAGGUACUGAACGGCCUUGUAAUUAACUGGUUGUCAAUAGCACCCACAUAUAACAAUGCAGGAGAUGGCACCCAAGAACACGUAAGACCAGCAUAACUGUUUGUGUACACGGUGAGUGCCUUUGUUAUACAGGCAUACUUCCCAAUACACAGCUCACAAUAUUUACUAGCUGCCUAAAAACAAGACUAUGAAAAGCAGUAGUAGCACCUCCCAGCUGGGCCCAGGUUCCUGUGAUCCUGCGAGGAGAUGGCAGGGUUCUUCGCAGGCAGAAGUUACUGUAGUUGUGUUUGCCUUCUCAACAGCUCUGUCCUGCAUGGCUGACCCUUAUUACAGACAUGAUCUAAAUAUGUAGAAAUAC